AGGGAGGAGGAAGAAGAAGAUAUUAUCUUCGCUGCCGUGCCGUGCCGUGCCGUGCGGUGCCGCUCGCUGUCCCACUCAGGUGCUAUUCCCAACCCGUGCUUAUCCCCGGUGGAAUCCAAUCCCCCUCUCGGCUUUUCUCGAAAGCCCCCGCUUUUCGCCUAUUUCGCUCGCUGGCGCGGCCAUGAUUCCCCGCUGAUACCUCCGCCCAUUUGGUACCCGCCGAUUCCUCUUCGCCAGCUGGUUCUAGUUCUGGAGGGGAGGAGGAAGAGGAGGAGGAGGAGGGAGAGGGAGGGGAUUAGGUUGGGGGCUUGGGGCGAGGGGAGGGGAGGGAGGAGGAGGGGUUGUGGAGAUGUCGUCGUCGCGGUCGAACAACCGGGCGACGUGCUCGCGGAGCAGUUCCGCGCGGUCCAAGCACAGCGCGCGGGUGGUGGCGCAGACGCCGGUGGACGCGCAGCUGCACGCCGAUUUCGAGGGUUCGCAGCGCCACUUUGACUACUCGUCGUCGGUCGGCGCCGCCAAUCGGUCGGGCGCCACGACCAGCAACGUCUCCGCUUACCUCCAGAACAUGCAGCGCGGCCGCUUCGUCCAGCCCUUCGGAUGCCUGCUCGCCGUCCAGCCGGAGACGUUCGCGCUGCUCGCCUACAGCGAGAACGCCGCUGAGAUGCUCGACCUCACACCGCACGCCGUGCCCACCAUUGACCAGCGUGAAGCGCUCGCCGUCGGCACCGACGUGCGCACGCUCUUCCGCUCGCACAGCUUCGUCGCGCUGCAGAAGGCCGCCACCUUCGGGGACGUCAACCUGCUCAACCCCAUCCUCGUGCACGCCAGGACCUCUGGGAAGCCCUUCUACGCCAUCAUGCACCGCAUCGACGUUGGCCUCGUCAUCGACCUCGAGCCGGUCAACCCCAUCGACUUGCCCGUCACCGCCACAGGCGCGAUCAAGUCAUACAAGCUCGCUGCUAGGGCCAUCGCCAGGCUGCAGUCUCUGCCCAGUGGGAACCUCUCCCUGCUGUGUGACGUGCUGGUUCGCGAGGUGAGCGAGCUCACUGGUUAUGACAGGGUGAUGGCAUACAAGUUCCAUGAAGAUGAGCAUGGUGAGGUGAUUGCUGAGUGCAGGAGAUCUGAUUUGGAGCCAUAUCUUGGCCUGCACUACCCAGCCACCGACAUUCCUCAGGCAUCCAGGUUUUUGUUCAUGAAGAACAAGGUGCGGAUGAUCUGCGACUGCUCCGCUACACCUGUGAAGAUCAUCCAAGAUGCCAAUCUAGCACAGCCUAUAAGCAUAUGCGGAUCUACUCUGAGGGCACCCCAUGGUUGCCAUGCACAGUACAUGGCAAACAUGGGCUCUGUUGCAUCACUUGUGAUGUCGGUCACUAUAAAUGAGGAUGAUGAUGAUGAUGGAGACACUGGGAGUGACCAGCAGCCAAAAGGCAGGAAGCUGUGGGGGUUGAUGGUCUGUCAUCACACAAGCCCGAGGUUUGUCCCUUUCCCGCUUAGGUAUGCUUGUGAGUUUCUCUUGCAAGUAUUUGGGAUACAGAUCAACAAGGAGGUGGAACUGGCUGCUCAGGCAAAAGAGAGGCACAUCCUUCGCACACAGACUCUUCUCUGUGAUAUGCUCCUUCGCGAUGCUCCUGUUGGAAUAUUUACCCAAUCACCUAAUGUGAUGGAUCUAGUGAAGUGUGAUGGUGCAGCAUUGUAUUACCAAAACCAACUUUGGGUGCUAGGAACAACGCCUUCUGAAGCAGAGAUAAAAAACAUUGUUGCUUGGUUGCAGGAGUACCAUGAUGGUUCUACUGGAUUGAGUACCGACAGCUUAGUCGAAGCAGGUUAUCCUGGCGCAGCUGCACUUGGUGAUGUCGUGUGUGGCAUGGCAGCUAUAAAAAUCUCUUCAAAAGAUUUCAUCUUCUGGUUCCGAUCCCACACGGCAAAGGAGAUUAAAUGGGGAGGAGCUAAGCAUGAAACAAUUGAUGCAGAUGACAAUGGUAGGAAGAUGCAUCCACGAUCUUCAUUCAAAGCCUUCUUGGAGGUGGUUAAAUGGAGGAGUGUUCCUUGGGAGGAUGUUGAAAUGGAUGCUAUCCAUUCUCUGCAGCUAAUAUUACGUGGUUCCUUGCAAGACGAAGAUGCCAACAAGAACAACCAUGCAAAGUCCAUUGUUACAGCUCCAUCUGAUGAUAUGAAGAAGAUUCAGGGGCUACUUGAACUGAGAACUGUUACAAAUGAGAUGGUGCGCCUAAUUGAGACAGCAACUGUGCCUAUCUUGGCUGUUGACAUCACUGGGAGCAUAAAUGGAUGGAAUAAUAAAGCUGCAGAGCUCACUGGAUUACGAGUCAUGGAAGCCAUAGGGAAGCCUCUGGUAGAUCUUGUCGUCGAUGAUUCUGUUGAAGUGGUUAAGCAGAUUUUAAACUCAGCUUUACAAGGAAUAGAAGAGCAAAAUCUGGAAAUUAAGCUUAAAACGUUUAAUCACCAGGAAAAUACUGGACCAGUAAUUUUGAUGGUUAAUGCCUGCUGCAGUCGUGACCUUUCAGAGAAAGUUGUUGGGGUUUGCUUUGUAGCACAAGAUCUGACAGGGCAGAAGAUUAUCAUGGAUAAAUAUACUCGGAUUCAAGGGGACUAUGUUGCUAUAGUAAAGAACCCUACGGAGCUCAUCCCCCCUAUAUUUAUGAUCAAUGAUCUUGGUUCCUGCUUAGAGUGGAAUGAAGCUAUGCAAAAAAUUACUGGUAUAAAGAGGGAAGAUGCAGUAGAUAAAUUGCUAAUCGGGGAAGUUUUCACCCAUCAUGACUAUGGUUGUAGGUUGAAAGACCAUGGUACCCUGACCAAACUUAGCAUAUUAAUAAACACAGUGAUAUCUGGUCAAGAUCCCGAGAAGCUUCUUUUUGGUUUUUUCAACACCGAUGGCAAGUACAUAGAAUCACUGCUGACAGCAACCAAGAGGACAAAUGCUGAGGGUAAGAUCACUGGUGCUCUUUGCUUUCUUCAUGUGGCCAGCCCAGAACUUCAACAUGCUCUACAGGUGCAGAAAAUGUCUGAACAAGCUGCACUGAACAGCUUCAAGGAAUUGACUUACAUACGUCAAGAAUUAAGGAACCCACUCAAUGGCAUGCAAUUUACUCGUAAUUUCCUGGAACCUUCUGACUUGACUGAGGAGCAAAGGAAACUUCUGGCAUCAAAUGUCCUCUGUCAAGAACAGCUGAAAAAGAUUUUGCAUGACACUGAUCUAGAAAGCAUUGAGCAGUGCUACACUGAGAUGAGCACAGUAGAGUUCAACCUUGAGGAAGCUCUGAAUACAGUCCUAAUGCAAGGCAUGCCCCAGAGCAAGGAGAAACAAAUUUCUCUUGACCGUGAUUGGCCUGCAGAAGUAUCAUGUAUGCACCUCUGCGGGGACAAUCUAAGGCUUCAGCAAGUCCUAUCAGACUUUUUGGCAUGUACGCUUCAAUUUACACAGCCAGCUGAAGGACCUAUUGUACUGCAAGUCAUCCCCAGGAUGGAAAAUAUUGGGUCUGGCAUGCAGAUUGCUUAUCUAGAGUUCAGGCUUGUCCAUCCAGCUCCGGGCGUUCCAGAGGCUCUGAUACAAGAGAUGUUUCGCCACAGCCCAGGCGCGUCAAGGGAAGGCCUUGGCCUGUACAUAAGCCAGAAGCUUGUGAAGACGAUGAGCGGCACGGUUCAGUACCUCCGAGAAGCAGAGAGCUCGUCGUUCAUCGUUCUGGUUGAGUUCCCGGUCGCCCAGAUCAGCACUAAGAGAUGCAAGGCUUCCACGAGUAAAUUCUGAACUAGCCUGGUGUUUCAGUUGUUGUUGCUGUUACUAGUAGAUCAGUCCUUCCGGAAUAAGUUAGCUGCUGAUGUAUCAGAUGUGUAGCUUGUGUAAGUGAAGGUAGUGCUUGGAAUGUGUUGAUCACGUUGAUAUCUGGAGAGCUAGGUGUUAGUGUAAUUUAACCGGCAACUGUACGAAUGAAUUAUGAAUAAAAUCUUCACUUAUGGUGUCAUUUUGUCAA